CGCCACCACGCUUUUCCAGCCCUACGACUCGCAUCCACGCGCGUCCAUCAUGCCCGGACUGCCGGCCCUCCUGUCGCGCCCCGCGAAAUGGCUCGCGGCUGCCGUCUUCACCUUCCUCGACGUCCUCGACGUGCUCCUCUGCCUCGUCUACUCCGCGCUCGACGCCUUCCUGGAGGAGAGCCCCGUCGCCUGCUACUGCCACCGGACCCAUGGCGCGGAGGGGGUCUCCGACACAUUGUACCUGCGUAGGAGCGCCUUCCGGGACGCGCUCCUCGCGCUCCUGCGGACGGCCGGCGUCGGGAGGAGGACGACGAACGCGUCGCCGGAGAAGGCGCGGAGCCCGAGGUGGUCCGACUGCGGCUGCGCGAGGUGCCUCGCGUGGCGGAGCGCCGGCGCCGGCGGCCGGCUGCACUUCGUCGUCGGCAAAGAACCGGCGCCGACCAAAGGUGCAGCGACGGCGAGAAGCGAGAGAGGCCCCGGGGACGACGCCAUCUUCAUACACGGCUUCACGUCGUCGUCCUCCUUCUGGGCGGAGACCGUGUUCCCGGAGCUCGCCGCCGCGGAGAACCGCAGGCUGCUCGCCGUGGAUCUCCUCGGCUUCGGCGACAGCCCCAAGCCGGCCAACUGCGCGUACACGCUGCGGGACCACGUCGAGGCCAUCGAGCGGAGCCUCAUCGAGCCACUCGGCCUCGCCUCCUUCCACCUGGUCAGCCACUCCAUGGGCUGCACCGUCGCCAUAGCUCUCGCCGCGAGAAACCCGGCUCGGGUCAGAUCCAUCACGCUCGUCGCGCCGCCGUACUUCCUGCCCUGCGAAGAGAGGGCGAGUCAGGUGGCGCUGACCCGGCUGGCCGAGAAGAAGCUCUGGCCGCCGUUGGUGUUCGGCACGGCGGUGAUGUCCUGGUACGAGCACAUCGGGAGGACGGUUUGUUUCGUCGUCUGCAAGAACCACCGGGUCUGGGAGUGGCUCAUCAGGAUCCUCACGCGAAAAAGCGGCGUGGACUUCGUGGUCAGGGACCUGACGAGGCACACGCACCACUCGGCGUGGAACACGAUGCACAACGUGAUCUGCGGCGGGGCGGGGGUGCAGGACCGGAACCUGGAGGUGCUGGCGGCGGCCGGCGUGCCGGUGAGGGUGGUCCACGGCGACGGGGAUCAGGUGGUUCCGGUCGAGUGCAGCAGCCGUCACCUCAAAUUGAAGCUCCCACGCGCGGAGCUGCGUGUCCUGGGCGGACGCGACCACCGGACGGUGGUCUUCGGAAGGGAGAAGGAGUUCGCCGAGGAGCUCCGAGAGUUCUGGUCAGGUUGUGAGAACUGAGAACCGUGAAGCAAUGGUGAUGGAUGGAUGCGUCAGGGCGUGAGGGUUUAAUGAGUGCUGGUAAAUGUAACAACCCUGAGUUUCAAUCCUUGCAGCCCAGUGUACAGAACUCAAUUACAGGAUGAGCCAUCGAACUUGUAAAUGUCAGAACGAAUUUAGGUUCA